UUCAUCUUUCAUUCACUAUAUAGAGUACGUUGGGGAUUUAGAACCAAAAACUGAUCUGAGUUUCAUAUCUUCAAGUUCAGUCAGAAGAAGAAAGGUUUUCAAUCGAUGGGAAGAACAAUCUAGUUUGGAGGCCGUUAAGCCAUGGAUGGUUUGGGGCUACUAUAUAUCUCCUAUAAUGUAUGGCCAAAAUGCCAUAACAAUUAAUGAAUUCUUAGACGAAAGAUGGAGUGAACCAAAUACAGACACAAGAAUUGAUGCACCAACAGUAGGAAUAGUACUUCUCAAAGCUAGAGGCUUGUAUACUGAACAUUAUUGGUAUUGGAUAUGCAUUGGAGCCUUGGUUGGGUUUUCUAUUCUCUUUAACAUUCUCUUCCUUCUCGCAUUAACUUAUUUGAAUCCCUUUAGUGAUUCGAAAGCAGUCAUUGAGGAUGAAGACCACAAGAAGAAUAAAAGUUCGACCUCUAGAAAACAUCCCCUUGAAGGUACUGCCAUGGCAGUAAGAAAUUCAUCAGAUAUUAUGAGUUCAUCGAACCAUGAACAGAAAAGAGGAAUGGUUCUACCAUUUCAACCUCUUUCAAUGACAUUCAAUCAUAUAAACUACUAUGUCGACAUGCCAGCAGAAAUGCAGAGUCAAGGAGUCAACAAGGAUAAACUUCAACUAUUGCUCAAAAUUAAAGCUCUAUCUCUCAAGUUUUUCACAUCAACCUGUUUCCCCCACUCUUCAUCCAACUAAAUCUCAUAUCAUAGCUUGUAGAAAUAUAAUGAAAGUAUUUGUGCAACCUCAUUACCUUGAAAACUUUGUUCAGGCAUCAUUCAAUGCAUUAACUGAAGAAAAAGUUAGAGUUACUCAACCAAGUCUGGCCACAGUUUCACAUCUAAGCAAAAAGCCUUUCAAGAAAAAUGAAAAAGGGCUAAAACCAUGCUGGAAUCCUCCUUCUGCACUCAGUCACUUCAUUGGGUUCAACACUUGCUAUUAAGGAUAUGAUUUAUUUUAUUUUAUGUGAAAAUUUAAAUAUAGAAAAUAAUAAUAUGGAGUUGGAUAUAUACUAAGAUGUUAAGGAUAUGAUUUAUUUUGUAAUUAGUUUUUAUUGAUAUAAUAUGAAAUCAAUCUUUUUACUAUUUGAAUUUAUUUAAUAGAAAAUGGUAUAAUAGUUUAAUUUUAGUUAUUUAGCUUUGUCAUGGUUCAAAAUGUAAUG